AUGGAGAAGAAUGUGACGAACUCAGAUUUGAAAUCCUCCGUCAAUGGUGGCGUUGUUGAUGUCUAUGGAGAAGAUUCAGCCACCAUUGAGCACAGCAUAACUCCAUGGUCUCUCUCUGUUUCUAGUGGUUAUUCAUUGCUGAGAGAUCCUCGUUACAACAAAGGAAUUGCUUUCAAUGAGAAAGAGAGAGACACACACUACUUGCGUGGCCUUCUUCCUCCAGCUGUUGUUGAUCAAAACCUUCAGGAGAAGAGGCUGAUCAACAACAUCAGACAGUAUCAAUAUCCAUUACAAAAAUACAUGGCCUUGACAGAACUUCAGGAAAGAAACGAGAGGCUGUUUUACAAGUUAUUGAUAGAUCAUGUUGAGGAGCUUCUACCUAUAGUUUAUACUCCAACUGUUGGUGAAGCUUGUCAGAAAUAUGGUAGUAUUUUCAGACGUCCUCAAGGUCUAUUCAUCAGUUUAAAAGAGAAGGGAAAGAUUCUAGAUGUGUUAAAGAACUGGCCUGAAAGGAACAUACAAGUUAUAGUUGUUACAGACGGCGAAAGGAUUUUAGGAUUAGGAGAUCUUGGAUGUCAAGGGAUGGGUAUACCUGUUGGUAAACUGGCCUUAUAUUCAGCACUUGGAGGUGUUCGUCCUUCUGCGUGUUUACCUGUCACCAUUGAUGUGGGAACAAACAAUGAGAAACUGUUGAAUGAUGAGUUCUACAUAGGACUCAAACAAAAGCGAGCAACAGGACAGGAGUAUAGUGACCUUUUGCAUGAAUUCAUGAGUGCUGUGAAGCAGAACUAUGGAGAAAAUGUUCUUAUACAGUUUGAAGAUUUUGCUAAUCAUAACGCAUUCGAGUUGCUUGCAAAAUACCGUGAUACUCAUCUCGUCUUCAACGAUGAUAUACAGGGGACAGCAGCUGUUGUCCUUGCUGGACUGGUUUCUGCACAGAAAUUAACUGAUAGUCCACUAGCGGAGCACACCUUCCUCUUUCUUGGUGCUGGUGAAGCUGGUACUGGAAUAGCAGAACUUAUAGCUCUCUAUAUAUCCAAACAGAUGAAUGCUUCGGUAGAGGAAAGCCGCAAGAAGAUCUGGCUUGUUGAUUCCAAGGGACUGAUUGUUAACUCCCGUAAAGAAUCUCUGCAAGCCUUCAAGAAACCAUGGGCUCAUGAACAUGAACCUGUCAGCGACCUCUUAGGUGCCAUCAAGGCCAUAAAACCGAAUGUUCUGAUUGGAUCCGCUGGCAUUGGACGGUCUUUCACAAAAGAAGUGAUUGAGGCCAUGUCUUCCAUUAAUGAGAGACCAUUGAUAAUGGCUCUCUCAAACCCAACAACACAAUCAGAAUGUACAGCUGAAGAAGCUUAUACCUGGAGUAAGGGUCGUGCAAUUUUUGCAAGUGGAAGCCCGUUUGAUCCAGUUGAGUAUGAAGGAAGUGUGUUUGUAUCUACACAGGCGAACAAUGCGUAUAUAUUUCCAGGUUUGGGACUUGGUUUGGUCAUCUCAGGAGCCAUAAGAGUGCAUGACGAUAUGCUUCUGGCAGCAGCUGAGGCAUUAGCUGGACAAGUAAGCAAAGAGAACUAUGAGAAAGGAAUGAUAUAUCCUCCCUUCUCUUCCAUCCGCAAAAUAUCAGCUCAUAUCGCUGCCAAUGUAGCAACUAAAGCAUAUGAACUAGGAGUGGCGGGGAAGCUUCCACGGCCUAAGGAGAUUGUCAAGUGUGCAGAGAGUAGCAUGUACAGCCCCACCUAUCGUCUCUACCGUUGAGGCCAAGAAUCAAAGCUCAGACUCUUCUUUUGUAUGUAAACUGCUGUGUCACUUGUUCUCCCAGUGUUUUUCAG